GCUUUUCGCAAAAAUAAAAUAUUUUGUGAAAGAUUUUCAAUUAUAAAUUAUAAAAUGAAAUAUCUUGCUAUUUUAACAGUUCUUUUAAUUUUCAAGGUACAUGAGAUUAAUGCUACCUCUGUUACAAUUCCUGGCUAUACUUAUUGGAUUAAGUGUCUUACGACUGAUCAAACUAAAUCAUCUACUCAAAUAAGUUAUGAUAUUACUUCGAAAAAUAUUACUAAUGUACUUCAAUAUAUAGCCAUUACAUAUAGUGGAACAACCCCAUCAACAUAUUCAGCACCUACCAGUAUAGAUAUGAGUGGAUUCGGAUAUAAGUACUCUUAUCUUCAACAUGUUUCGAUCUUGGAUGCUGUCUUAUCGUCUUAUUCUGGUCCCACAUUCACUGUUUCUAAUUCAGCUACUCCUGUUGAUUUUGGCGGUUUUUUUGCGUAUUUAUUAGAUAAUUCUCGUAGUCCAACUGCUGACCCACUUUGCGGAUCUACGACUUCUUUUGUUGGAUCGUGUACUCAGCAAAAAACUGAUUUAAAUUCUGAUUGGUGCCUUUUAAUAGGAAACUUUUUUGUAAGCCAAUCCGUUAAUUUUGAUAUUUCAUAUCAAACGUAUGAUGUUCUUGGCAAUCCUUCCACCACCUCCUCUCCUAAUUCGUCUCCUAGUUCUUCUUCUAGUAGUAAUAAUUCUCCCCUUAAUUCAACUACAUCUACUAGUAGUUCUACAUCUAAAACUACAUCUACUAGCAGUUCUACUUCUACUGGAAUGUCUAAAAUUAUUGAAACCAAUAUUAUAACAUCAAGUAUUUGUGGUAUUCUUGUUUGGUUAAUAUUCAUGUUUUGUGUGUGA